AUGUUCCUGCCCACGGGGGAAAUGAUCGAAGGGGAAAUGAGCGAAGGGCACAACGCCACCCCACCGGGCCCCUCGCAGGGAGUGGGGGCAGCGGAGAUGGAGAAAUCGCCCUGCGUCCUGGGAGUCAUCCCGCUCGUUUACUACAGCGUCCUGCUCUGCCUGGGAUUGCCUGAGGUGAACGUCCUGAACACGGUGGUCCUCUCCAGCCUGGCCGCCAAGACCAAGAAGUCCUCCUAUUGCUACCUGCUGGCCCUGUCGGCCUCCGACCUGCUGACCCAGUUCUUCAUCGUGUUCGUGGGCUUCAUCCUGGAGGCUGGGCUGCUGGCCCGCGAGUUGCCGGAGGCAAUGGCCCACAGCGUGAGCGUCAUGGAGUUCGCCGCCAACCACGCCUCCAUCUGGAUCACUGUUCCGCUCACCGUGGACCGCUACUACGCCCUGUGUCACCCGCUGAGGUACAGAGCCGUCUCGUACCCCGGCCGAACCUACAAGGUCAUAGCCACCGUCUUCGUGGCUUCCCUCCUGACGGGCGUGCCGUUUUACUGGUGGUCGGAUCUGUGGCGGGUCAGGAGCCCCCCCACCCCGCUGGACCAGGUGCUGGUAUGGACCCACUGCUUCAUCAUCUACUUUGUGCCGUGCACCGUGUUCCUGGUGGUGAACUCGAUCAUCGUCCACAAGCUCGGGCGCAGGAGGGCUCCCAGCGGGCGUUCGGGCAAGACAACGGCCAUUCUCCUGGCGGUCACUACCGUCUUCGCCAUCCUCUGGGCCCCUCGUACUGUGGUCAUCAUCUACCAUCUGUACGUCUCCUCGGUCAACAGGGACUGGAAGGUCCACCUGGCCUUCGACCUGGCCAACAUGCUGGCCAUGACCAACACCGCCGUCAACUUCUUCCUGUACUGCUUCGUGAGCAAACGCUUCCGAGUCACCGUCAAGGAGGUCGUCAGGUCGUUCUGCAAGAGGUGA